UAUUUGAUUAAAACAAAGAAAGAAACUACUGGUUACCACUCACUAAUUUGAUUACACAGCCCACAGAGUAGAGAUCUACUCCAGGCCUAUCUUCUCCAUUUUACAGGCCAGAAACUGGUACCCAAAGGGAGUCAGGGACUUGGAGUCUUUCUCCAAGCAAUUGAGUGGCGGAACUGGGACUAGAAUCUGGCUCCACCUCACUACAGGAUAAUAAAUUGUCUCCCUAAUUCCACCUCUCACUGGGAGUUUCCUCUGUCAUCAGACUUGGCUCAGAUGAGAAUGAGCCUUAUUGUUCUUGCCUUUCUACCCAAGAUAAUGAUUCUUCUCUAGGAAGCAAUGUCCUGUGGCCUGCCAGAGUUGGGUGCUGGGAGAGGGUGGCAAGGUGCUACAUCAUACCCAGCAGCUAAGGAACACACUGGGGACCUGCGAGGAGGAGGAGGUGGAGACCUUCACUGGGCCUUUUGGCCUUCUGCCACACCUCUGAACCAUACUCUAGAGAGCUGCCAUGAUGGACCAGUUUUUGUUGGUUUUAGAUUUUUCAUUGGAGGUAGGGAUGGGUAAGAGAGAUGCCUGAAGAAAGAUAUUUUUCUACUUAAUUGAAUACAUUUAAGGAAUCUUGAAUCGAGUUGGAAACGGAUUUGUAUCGUUGUUAGCGUUGCUCUGAUAACAAAAGAAGUUUUACAUUCUUAUGAAAGGUUUGGAUUGUGUUCCUAAAGCCAGGUUCAUGAGGAAUGUCUUGUGUUUUCACAAUUUAGUAAUUAUGGUACUUGGUUCAUGCUUGGGUGCUGGCGGGCCGGCCAUAGCUUUUCUUUGGUAUUGCUCUUACUCAAGAGGUCUUUUCAGUAGACUGGUAUUAAACUGGUCAAUAUAGACCUUGAGAGGGGCUGGCCUGGUGGCACAGUGGUUAAGUGCGCGCGCUCCGCUGUGGUGGCCCGCGUUUUGCAGGUUCGGAUCCUAGGCGCGCACUGACGCACCGCUUGUCAAGCCAUGCUCUGACGGCAUCCCAUAUAAAGUAGAGGAAGAUCAGCAUGGAUAUUAGCCCAGGGCCAAUCUUCCUCGGCAAAAAAGAGGAUUGGCAUUGGAUGUUAGGUCGGGGCUGAUCUUCCUCAGAAGAAAAAAAACGUAUACAUAUAGACCUUGAGAAAGAGCUUGUGUGUCACCAGGCAUCUCAGAGCCCCACCUUCUGGAGAGAGCCUGGAAUGACUGGAAUGUACUCAUCUUAGAGCUGGUUGCCUGUAUUGUGUCUUGGGACUCUUCUCAGCACAUUCCCUCCUGAAGACUUCUGUGAUGAUGAGAAGGUAGUACCAGGGAGUCCUGGCACGCGCAACCGAGGAGCCAAGGCCGGACAAACGGACGCACAGAUAGACGACGGACAAAGGGCGCACUGGCCGCUAGACCCUGCCGCCUCUCCUUUCUCCUUGCCGCCUGCGCCUGGAGGAUGAGCCCAGCGUUCAGAGCCAUGGACAUGGAGCCCCGCGCCAAGGGCGUCCUGCUGGAGCCCUUUGUCCACCAGGUCGGGGGGCACUCCUGCGUGCUCCGCUUCAACGAGACGACCCUGUGCAAGCCUCUGGUUCCGAGGGAGCACCAGUUCUACCAGACCCUCCCAGCCGAGAUGCGCAAAUUCACUCCCCAGUACAAAGGUGUGGUAUCUGUGCGUUUUGAAGAAGAUGAAGACAGGAACUUGUGUUUAAUAGCAUAUCCAUUAAAAGGGGACCAUGGAACUGCGGACAAUGUAGACAAUUCAGACUGUGAACCAAAAAGUAAGCUCCUAAGGUGGACAAACAAAAAACUUCAUGGCCUAGAAAUGGAAAAGACCCCCAAGGACUGGGUGCGGCAGCACCGGAAAGAGGAGAAGAUGAAGAGCCAUAAGUUAGAAGAAGAAUUUGAGUGGCUAAAGAAAUCUGAAGUCUUGUACUACAGUGUAGAGAAAAAGGGGAAUGUAAGUUCCCAGCUUAAACACUAUAACCCUUGGAGCAUGAAAUGUCACCAGCAGCAGUUACAGAGAAUGAAGGAGAAUGCAAAACAUCGGAACCAGUACAAAUUUAUCUUACUGGAGAACCUGACUUCCCACUAUGAGGUGCCUUGUGUCCUGGACCUCAAGAUGGGUACACGCCAGCAUGGUGACGAUGCUUCAGAGGAGAAGGCAGCCAACCAGAUCCGCAAAUGCCAGCAGAGCACAUCUGCGGUUAUCGGUGUCCGUGUGUGUGGCAUGCAGGUGUACCAGGCAGGCAGUGGGCAGCUCAUGUUCAUGAACAAGUACCAUGGACGGAACCUAUCGGUGCAGGGCUUCAAGGAGGCCCUUUUCCAGUUCUUCCACAACGGGCGGUACCUGCGCCGUGAGCUCCUGGGCCCUGUGCUUAAGAAGUUGGCUGAGCUCAAGGCUAUUUUGGAGCGACAGGAGUCCUACCGCUUCUAUUCAAGCUCCCUGCUGAUCAUCUACGAUGGCAAGGAACGGCCUGAGGUGGCCCUUGACUCAGAUGCUGAGGACUUGGAGGACCUGUCAGAAGAGUCAGCUGAUGAGUCUGCUGGUGCCUAUGCCUACAAGCCCAUUGGUGCCAGCUCAGUGGAUGUGCGCAUGAUUGACUUUGCACAUACCACCUGCAGGCUGUAUGGCGAGGACAGCGUGGUACAUGAGGGCCAGGAUGCUGGCUAUAUCUUCGGGCUCCAGAGCCUGAUAGACAUUGUUACAGAGAUAAGUGAGGAAGGUGGGGAGUGAGCUUGCGGGCUGUACCAGCACCUGAGAGACUCUCUGUAUCCCAGGCACAGCUGUGCUGCGUCAGGGAGGAGGCCAGUAUGGCCAGGCGGUAGCCCCUGCAGCCUGGAGCUGAUGUGCAGAGGCCUCUGUGAGUCCCAGCCUGAGCCAGCCCCAACCGCGCUCGGAGUCUAUUUAUUUUAACUAUUUCUUCAACAUUCCAUAUUUGAUGAUGCAGAUACCUCUUUCUUCCCUGAGUGUAAAUGUUCUAAUACAGAUCUUUUUGUUAAUUGUA